ACAAGACGUGUUAGAAAUGGCCACCGGAAAAUUCUUCCGACAAGUAACACUGCCUGAGCAAAAAUCCCAUAACGACGACGUUCUCUUCCCGGCGGUGUUAUCCCCCGCUUGUACCACUGCAGUACAACUUUCCACUUUUGAAGAGGCGAUCAGGGUUCAUAAGCCAUGGCUGGAAUCUAUUCUCGUCAACACUGGCGCUAUUCUCUUCCGAGGCUUCCCGGUUACAUCUCCGUCCGACUUCAACGACGUCGUUGAAGCUUUCGGCUUCCCGGAAUUCUCCUACGUCGGCGGCCGAGUCCCUCGGACUCAAGUUGUUGGUAGGGUUUAUACUGCUAAUGAAAGCCCUCUUCAUUUGGAAGUUCCUUUUCAUCAUGAGAUGGCUUACAAUCCAGAUUUCCCCACCAAGUUAUUUUUCUUUUGUGAAGAAGAGCCGGAAGAAGGGGGAGAAACCCCCAUAGUUUCGAGUUAUAUCGUAUAUGAAAAGAUGAAAGAGAGGCACCCGGAUUUCGUUGCACAGCUCGAGGAGCAUGGAUUGAUGUAUAUAACGAUACAAGGCGAUAAGGAGGAUCCAUCAUCCGUUACUGGUACUAGUUGGAAGACGGCAUUCCAAACCGAUGACAAGAAGAUUGCAGAGGAAAGGGCGGUGAAGAAGGGAACAAAGCUAGAAUGGAUGGGGAAUACUGCAAAACUUAUAACAGGCCCAAUACCUGCGAUCAGGUUUGACGAGGCGAGUCGCAGGAAAACAUGGUUUAAUAGUCUUCCUAUUGCUUACAAUGUUCCUACAAGUGAGAAGCGGAAUACAGGGGGGGUGGAGCUGGGUAGUGGCGAUCCUGUGGAUGAAGAUGCUAUGAAAGACAUGUGGAGAAUCUUGAAAGAAGAAUGUGUUGCGAUACCUUGGAAGAAAGGCGAUGUUCUCUUGGUCAAUAAUUUGACGGUUCUUCAUAGCCGGUGGCCACUAAUAAAGCCUCCUCGCCGUAUACUAGCUUCACUGUGCAAGUGAUUCAAUAAAGCCUUCCUGCCAUAUACUUGCUUCUUGAGCAAUGCUAAGUGCAUGAUUACAUGGGGCGUUAACCAUUUGGAAUUUUAUCAUGCAUAUAAUCAAACCAUCUAGUUUGUUUUACAAUA